CAGUCAACCGUUCGUUCCAUGUGACCCCGUUUAGUAAAAGCAAUGUGGUCUCCUUGGCAGAGGAGAUGUCUCCACUCCUCAGUGUGUUUGUUAAAGAACCUGAAGGGGAAAACUGGCACGGAGCAGCGCUGGCUUCAGAGGCAGCUCAGGGACCCGUACGUCAAAGCCUCUCACUCUCAAAACUUCCGGUGCAGAAGCGCCUUCAAGCUGCUGGAGAUAGAUGACAAGUUCAGGCUUUUGCAGCCCGGAUACAGUGUGGUGGACUGCGGAGCGGCGCCUGGAGCCUGGAGCCAGGUGGCUGUGCACAGGGUCAACUCAGCCGGGACAGACCCAGAUUUAUCACGUGGCACGGUCGUUGGCAUCGACCUGCUUCACAUACAUCCUCUGGAUGGCGCCCACUUCCUGUGCAGCCAUGACGUCACCGACUCCGGCACGCACGCCAAGCUGCUGGAGCUCCUCCCGGACGGCAGGGCUCACGUCAUCCUGAGUGACAUGGCGCCCAACGCCAGCGGCUUCAGAGACAUGGACCACGAGAAGCUCAUCACCAUGUGCCUCUCUUUGAUAGACUUGGCCGAGAAGAUCCUACAGCCCCAGGGGUCUCUGCUGUGUAAAUACUGGGACGGCAGCCUCACCCAUAAGCUGCAGGAGAGGCUCUCAAGUGUGUUCGGAAGUGUUCGGACUUUAAAGCCAGACGCCAGCAGAAAGGAUUCGUCCGAGAGAUAUUUCCUCGCUAGAAUGUACAGGAAACCACUGAAGCGAUCUUAGUUCUAUUUUAUGUUUCUGAUAUGUGUCAGAUUUGUUUUGCUUCAGCUCAAUCUGAGCAGGAGGGGAGACGCUCACUUUCACCAAUAGGUGGCACUGUUGAGGCGUCACUGAGGCUCACUGCUGCUGCAGACACACACAUUCAGUGCUCGGAUGCUGCUUCCUGUCCUCGUAAACUUCACACAGUCACAGCAGGCAGUCUGUCAUAUGCAAACCUAUGCAAGAAUUAGUGUAAUGUUCCUCAACAGCCCAGUGCUCUGUUUUCUCUGAACUUAUUGUUUGCCCCGAGUGUUUGUUCUGCAUGCGCCGUUUGGUAUUUACUUUAUUACAGAAAGUCAUUUACCAGUAUGCUAAUAAUUUGCACUGCCAGCCAUGUAGAGAUAUGUAAUCAUUCUCUCAUUGAGGGUUUAUGAAGGGAAAAACCAAGAGUCCCAUACAGUAUGACUAAUGGGAAGUGGGACGAUACUCGGGCUUGGCACACUGGGAAGUGUUGUUGGGCUCGGCUGUCUGACAAAGGAAACAUGACCAUUUCCUGGGCAAAUAUUUUCACCACACUGGACAGAUUUUCUUUCACGACUCUCUGGUUGGUUUGUUUUGGAUUCAUUGGAAAAUCAUUGAUUUUGUCUCUGUAUUUUGUUUCAUGUUCAUUCGAUUCAGUUCUGAUUGAGAGUUUAGAACCAAUAGUAAAUGAUUUUAUACUCAUAAACUUACACUCACUUUCCACUUCAUUUGGCACACGAUUUAAAAAAUAUUUAUUCUAAUUUAACAGACCUGGACUAAUCUUCCUUCAUCACUGUUCUGAUGUUGAGUUUAUGUUUAAUAAACCUAGACAGACUUUAAUGAUCCACAUGUGACAGUAAAACACAAGUAAAAAGAAAGAUGAAAAGGAUCAAAUAAAAUAAGAUUUAAAUAAAAUAAAGAAUUAUCUAGUAAAAUAAAAUAGAAAAUGAAAGAUCAUUUUGGAGGAUGUAGUUUGUGGCGCUGUUAAACAGGAUUUAAUGAAAUGUUAGUGAUUCUGUUAUUUAGCCAGCUCCAGUGACUACAAUGGGGUUGUCAAAAUAACAGAAACUUGUCAGUACAACACAAUACAGUUCACAAUGAAAACACAGCUGAUUGAACAGCUCUCUCUCACAGAGUACCAUACCCUUUGCGAAGCUAAGAUUUGGUGCAGGAGUGUAAUAUUAGAGUGUCUUUCACCCUCUUUAGUGCAUGGGUCUUCAAAAUCUUUAGUUGAUUAGACAUUUUUCAUACAUUCUUUUAGUUUUCACCCCAAUUUUGUGACACCCUACUGUUGCACAUAUUUGCACUAGGCCGAGUCUAAUAUAGAACACAUAUAGUAGGUAGGGGGUCCCUACCUAAUCCCUCCAUCAGUUUGGCCUGAAAACGUUGAAGACCCGCGCUCUAGUGUACCUAAUGAACUGGCUAGUGUGUUAUUUACAGAUUGCUAUGGCAGAAUUUCUGUGCAUACAAACAAGUAACUGAAUGCAAACAUGUGCAGAGGCGGUUAUUAUCUGACUCAUUUAGCUCAAUUUGAAGGAAAUUUCCACUGUUAAAUAAUUAGUAAAAAAAAAAAAGAUUGGGAGUGUGUUGGCACAUACGUUUGUCACUUCAAAUAAAAGUUCCUGUUUUCAUUUAUUUAGUUAUUUAUUUAUUGUUCUCAGCUGAAACAAUAAAGCGGUUUAAAUUCUGGUGAA